AUGAACAUGAAGAGGUGCCUCAGCGCUUGCAUUCUGCUGAUGCUUUCACUCGAGGGAGCCCUCCUCGUCGCCGGCCGCCCCUCCGCCGCCUCCGCCGCCGCCACCACCAUUCGCCUCCCCAGCGACACCCAAGCAGCGGAACCGGCGAGGCCGUGGGACUGCUGCGACUUCGCGCUGUGCACCCUGUCGCUCCCGCAGUACUGCCGUUGCUUGGACCAGGUGGACCAUUGCGCCGCCACCUGCAAGGACUGCGCAGCCUCCCCGAUGGACCCUUCCCGCCACGUCUGCCAAGACAUGUACAUGGGGUUCCCCGGGCCCAGGUGCACCGACGACGGUAACAAUGUCGGUAACUAG